AGGGGCUGCCUGGAGCGCGAUCCCAGCGUUCUGCUGUUGCACGCCGCCUCGCCUGCCCGGCUCGCGACCUGCCCCUCCCCCGCCCGCCGCCGUCUCCCGGGAAACGGGCCGCGAUAGCCCGCUGACCCGAAGCUGGUUUCAUGGCAGCCGCGAAGAAAGCAGUUUUGGGGCCAUUGGUGGGGGCAGUGGACCAGGGCACCAGCUCCACGCGCUUUUUGGUCUUCAAUUCAAAAACAGCUGAACUACUUAGUCAUCAUCAAGUGGAAAUAAAACAAGAGUUUCCAAGAGAAGGAUGGGUGGAACAAGACCCAAAGGAAAUUCUGCAGUCUGUCUAUGAGUGUAUAGAGAAAACAUGUGAGAAACUUGGACAGCUCAAUAUUGACAUUUCCAACAUAAAAGCUAUUGGUGUCAGUAACCAGAGGGAAACCACUGUAGUCUGGGACAAGCUAACUGGAGAGCCUCUCUACAACGCUGUGGCCGCUCCAGUUUCUCCUGGCCCUUCCGAUCCGGUUGCCGUUGUCCCCUCUGGCUCUUCAGUUCCAGCUGCUGGCGCUUCCUCAGUGUGGCUUGAUCUAAGAACCCAGUCUACCGUUGAGAAUCUUAGUAAAAGAAUUCCAGGAAAUAAUAACUUUGUCAAGUCCAAGACAGGCCUUCCACUUAGCACUUACUUCAGUGCCGUGAAACUUCGUUGGCUCCUUGACAAUGUGAGAAAAGUUCAAAAGGCUGUUGAAGAGGAUAGAGCUCUUUUUGGGACCAUUGAUUCAUGGCUUAUUUGGAGUUUGACGGGAGGGGCCAACGGAGGUGUCCAUUGCACGGAUGUAACCAAUGCAAGUAGGACGAUGCUUUUCAACAUUCAUUCUCUGGAGUGGGAUAAAGAGCUCUGCGAAUUUUUUGAAAUUCCAAUGAAAGUUCUGCCAAAUGUUCGGAGUUCUUCUGAGAUCUAUGGCUUAAUGAAAAUCUCUCAUAGUCUGAAAGCUGGGGCCUUGGAAGGUGUGCCAAUAUCGGGGUGUUUGGGGGACCAGUCUGCUGCAUUGGUGGGACAAAUGUGCUUCCAGGAUGGACAAGCCAAAAAUACGUAUGGAACAGGCUGCUUCUUACUGUGUAAUACAGGCCGUAAGUGUGUGUUUUCUGAACACGGCCUUCUGACCACAGUGGCUUAUAAGCUCGGCAGAGACAAGCCGGUGUAUUAUGCGUUGGAAGGUUCUGUAGCUAUAGCUGGCGCUGUUAUUCGCUGGCUAAGGGAUAAUCUUGGAAUUAUAAAGAGCUCGGAGGAAAUCGAAAAACUUGCUAAAGAAGUAGGUACUUCUUACGGCUGCUAUUUCGUCCCUGCGUUUUCAGGGUUGUAUGCGCCUUACUGGGAGCCCAGUGCCAGAGGGAUCAUCUGUGGACUCACUCAGUUCACCAAUAAAUGCCAUAUUGCUUUUGCUGCAUUAGAAGCUGUUUGUUUCCAAACCCGGGAGAUUUUGGAUGCCAUGAACCGCGACUGUGGAAUACCACUCAGCCACCUGCAGGUAGACGGAGGGAUGACCAACAACAAAAUCCUUAUGCAGCUACAAGCAGACAUUCUGUACAUCCCAGUAGUGAAGCCCUCGAUGCCCGAAACAACCGCCCUGGGAGCCGCCAUGGCAGCGGGGGCUGCGGAAGGAGUUGGUGUUUGGAGCCUCGAGCCCGAGGAUUUGUCAGCGGUUACGAUGGAGCGGUUUGAACCCCAGAUCAAUGCUGAGGAAAGUGAAAUUCGGUACUCUACGUGGAAGAAAGCUGUGAUGAAGUCAGUGGGUUGGGUUACAACUCAGUCUUCAGAAAGUGGUGACCCUAGUAUCUUCUGUAGUCUACCCUUGGGCUUUUUUAUAGUGAGUAGCAUGGUAAUGUUAAUCGGAGCAAGGUACAUCUCAGGUAUCCCAUAAAUAAUACCAACUCAUGGAUUCCAAAGAUGCGAGCUCUUUGCCUAAUGAGAGAAUCCAACAAUUGUCUCUUAAUGUGAUGACACUAUUCAUAGACUCUGAUUUUAUUUAUAAGCCACUUGCUGCAUGACCCUCCAAGUAGACCUGUGGCUUGAAAUAAAGAAAAUGCAGCAGAAAGAAUGCUAUAGAAACAUUUGGUGUGUUUUUUAACUUCAAGAGUUAAGAUUGGACCAGCCACCUUUGGGGUGGAUUGGGGAUUGCCAUCACGUCCUGCCCCAUUCCCUCUGAGAUCUAGGAAGAAUUCAGACCCUUCAUUGGAAUCUUUCAUCAAACAUAUUCAAACGCUGAUGGUCUGGGAUUUGAUUCUCUGCACUACACACACUUGAUUCAGAGGUGAUAACUAACCAGCUACAAAUGAGUGGCUUUUUGUUUGUUUCUGUUUGACAGACCCUCAAAGGCCUCUUUUCUGCACAUUAAGGAGACCACAGCCUCUUCACUGAAUGUUUAACUGGAAACCUCUGCUAAAUUCUUGAAAUGGAAACUUAGUGCUCUCAUAGCUUAGAUAUUUUUCGGAAAGGUAUUGGCCAAAACUGAAACUCUUCAGACAUUUUACGUGGUCUUGCUAAUUCACUGAAUUGCUGUCUGGAUCUUACAGGGAAGGACCCUUUUUUCUUUCUUUUUUCAUCUCUCCUUUUUAUAUUUCUUACUUUAUAUGUAUAACAUACAUGCCUGUCUAUUUUAUAUACUGAGAGUAGCCCAUUUAUAAAUUAAGAGUACAUUUUACACGAUCUCACUAAUUACACUGAAUUUCUGUCUGGAUCUUAUAGGGAAGAACACUUUUUUUUCUUUCCAUCUCCUUUUUAUAUUUCUGACUUUGUAUGUAUAACAUACAUGCCUUUAUAUUUUAUAUACAGAGGGUAGCCCAUUUAUAAAUUAAGAGCACAUUGUAUCCAGUACGGUAUAAUGGGACUGGUCUUAAGUGGACCACUAUAUGUAUAAAUAUUUUGGGGGAAAACACUGUGUACAUUUUUGGGCAACAGUUAUGCAUAUUUACCAGGAGAAACUUUUUCUUAAAGAGCCAGCAUUUAAAGUUUAAGUAUAUGUUCUAUGUCAAUAAAAGAAAAUGUACUUUAUUA